AUCAGUUUUGUGAACAAGUUUCUAACAAAGUGGUUCCUGCACCUUCUAUGUCCGAGUGCAAGCCUCAGGUUUCCAUAACUGCUUGAAUAAGGCGAGUGUGUCAGAUGGGUUAGGUUAUAGGUGUCGUGUUUGCACAUUAACCAGCAAAACUCCGUCAUUACUGUAAUGUUCUGUAAUGCUCCUGUUUUUUCGCCCCGGGUUUCCGUGUGGAGCCUGAGGCGGAGUCUGCAGUGUCACUUUAUAACACACGCACACGCACACACACACACCUGCUGUGAGUCGAGCUGAGGAUUUCUCUCUCUGACACACACAACAUUAAAUAAGCAUGGCUAACUGGAUUGUAAACCAUGGACUGGAAACCUUUAUUUUGGUGGUCUGGAUGGGCAUCAACAUCUUCUUGUUCGUUCACUUUUAUCUGUUAUAUGAUUUGGAGCCUCGGUUCUUCUACACACGUGUGCUGUUGGGGUCUGCACUGUCAUGGGCAAGAGCUCCUGCUGCUGUUCUCAACUUUAACUGCAUGCUCAUCCUCCUCCCUGUGUGUCGUAACCUGCUGUCUCUGGUCCGUGGGUCCUUCAUGUGCUGUGGACGAACCGUGCGGAAACAGCUGGACAAAAAUCUUACAUUCCACAAACUGGUCGCCUAUAUGAUUGCCUUGAUGACUGCGGUUCACAUCAUUGCCCAUUUGAUGAACGUGGAAUGGUUUAUUGAUAGCCGUCAUGGACGUUUUGGUCCCCUUGCUGGUAACCUCUCCAUGCUUGGGUAUGAGGAUGUCGGUGAUGAUGAUCAUCAUGAUGAUGAUGAUGAUGAUGAUGAUGAAUCCACUUACCUCAAUCCUGUCCCGUCCGACUCCACGACACCACUCCUAUUUGCGUUCACUACCAUUGCUGGCCUUACAGGAGUUGUGAUCACCCUCGCUCUUAUCCUUAUGAUUACAUCAUCGAUGGAGGUGAUACGACGAAGCUACUAUGAGGUGUUCUGGUACACCCACCACCUCUUCAUCAUUUUCUUUGCAGGCCUGGUCUUUCAUGGGGCAGGGCGCAUUGUUCGAAGUCAGUCGGCCAACCCGCCUCACAACACUACGUUCUGCAAAAAUUAUCCAGAGAAGUGGGGUCAUAUUCCUGAAUGUCCCAUUCCUCAGUUUGCAGGAGGAUUUCCUCAGACUUGGAUGUGGGUGAUUGGUCCUAUGAUCAUUUACAUAUGUGAGAGGCUGUUGCGCUUUAUCCGCUAUAUUCAGACUGUAAAUUACAAAAAGAUUGUGAUGCAUCCAUCCAACGUCCUGGAGCUGCAGUUAGUGAAGUCUGGAUUUAAAAUGGAUGUUGGACAGUAUGUCUUUUUGAACUGUCCAGCCAUCUCCCAACUCGAAUGGCACCCAUUUACAAUGACAUCAGCCCCUGAAGAGGACUUCUUCAGCGUACACAUCCGCUCAGCCGGGGACUGGACAGAGAAGCUCAUCAAGAUGGUAGAAAAUUUACCAGAGGGGAGUGAGGGACCCAAAUUAGGUGUGGAUGGUCCAUUUGGAACAGCCAGUGAAGAUAUGUUUGAUUACGAGGUCAGCAUGCUGGUGGGCGCUGGCAUUGGCGUGACCCCAUUUGCUUCCAUCUUGAAGUCCAUUUGGUAUAAAUUUAAGGAUUCCAACCCCAAGCUACGCACCAGAAAGAUUUACUUCUAUUGGUUGUGCAGGGAGACACAUGCCUUUGAGUGGUUUGCAGAUCUGCUGCAGGUACUUGAGAAGGAGAUGGAGGAGAGAGGCAUGAAGGACUUUCUUACAUACAAACUCUACCUCACUGGGUGGGACCAUACACAUGCAGCCCACGUGAUGGUGCAUUUUGAUAAAGACACUGAUGUUAUUACUGGUCUGAAGCAGAAGACUCACUAUGGAAGACCAAACUGGGAUAAGGAAUUUGAGCAAGUUCGACAAGAGAACCCCUCGUCAGUGGUUGGUACGUUCCUCUGUGGCCCAGCCGCCUUAGCUAAAGAUUUGGAAAAUAAAUGUGUGAAAUAUUCUGACGUUGAUCUGCGAAAGACCAGAUUUUACUUCAACAAAGAGAACUUCUGAACUGUUGCAAGCAACCAGUUGAACCAGAAGGACAAGCUCUUCCGUGUUCCAUUCCCUUUCCAGUGGGAGUUUAUGAAGUGACUCAACGGCUGCCUGCAUCUGGAGCCCGGAAAUUAUUUAGAAACUAACUAAACUGAUAAAUCUGCAGAGACAAAAUAUGUCCUCAUGUAUCUAUAGUAGUGUUAGCAUGAGCCUGCUAAUCAAUAUAGUACAAGUUUUAAGAUCUGCCCACACACACAAUCACAUUGAGCCUGUGUUUACUCUGCAGAUCAACUGAUCUCCUUUAUCCUACUUUGAAAGACAUCUGCUUGAAGUGAUUUUUAACAUUUUGUAGGUCAACUGUAAGCAUGUAUGUAACUACAAAUCUUUAAGACUUUUGUGUGUGGGAUUUAAGGUGUUUUCUUUAAUCUGGGUGUGGCCGUCGUUUGCUAUGGAGGAAAUAAUUCUGGUGUUCUGGGUUCAACAAUGUAGUUACGAAAUAUGAGAAUUCAUUAAGUAAACAUACAAGUCUGUUUCUCCACAGAAAACUUUGCCAUUGUAGACAAAGUGGGGAAAGAUAAAGUUUCUUAGAAAGUGUUAAUUUGUUACAGCCACAUUAGAUUAGUCACACGAGAUUGGUCAUUUCCUUAUUCCUGUUGGUUUCACCUGCACUUGAAUUGAUUGUAUUGUAUUUGCACGAACCACGACAAGUUUCUCAAAUUAUUUUAUUGAGAAAAAAAAGACGACAAA